AUGGCUAAUGAAGCAAGUCCUUGUCCUUGUGAUUUAGGAGAUCAAUUUGAUUAUAAAGGCCUUGGAGAGGAAGUACAAAUUGAGCACAUAAAAGCAUAUGUCAGAAAACCAAAGACAGCCACUGAUAAGGCCAUAAUUGUGGUACAAGAUGUCUACGGGUGGGAACUAACUAAUACCAGAUAUUUUGUUGAUCUGCUUGCUGAGCAUGGAUACACUGCUGUCCUUGGUGAUUUUUUCGUUGGACAAGAAGCAUGGAAAACGACAAAUGAUAGAUCAACAUUCUUUGCCUGGCUUGAUACUCGUCCAGCUAAUAAAGCAUUCAAGCAGGUCGAUGCUGUGCUAAGAUAUUUAAAGGAGAAGUGCCAUGCCACAAAAAUCGGCAUUAUUGGUUUUUGCUGGGGAGGAAUUGUUACUCAUUAUAUUACGCUCAAUUAUCCUGAAUUGAAAGCUGGAGUGGCAUUCUAUGGCCUAGUCCGCGAAGAAGGAGAUAACUAUGAUUUGAAAUGUCCAACUUUAUUUAUCUUUGGAGAAUGUGAUCCGCUUAUACCACUUCAAAAGGUUGAAUCACUGGAUCAAAAGCUAAAAGAGCAUUCAAAGGUUGACUAUAAAGUAAAGGUAUACCCAAAACAAAUUCAUGGUUUUGCACAUCGGAAAAAAGAAGAGAUUAGCCCUGAAGAUAAACCUUACAUUUUAGAAGCAAGGAAAGACAUGCUGGACUGGCUGAACAAAUAUUUUAACUAA